AUGGCAUGUCAUUCUGGUACUAUCAAUGAUUCGGAACAGUUAACAAGUAAAGAGAAAUUGAAAGAAAUGAAAACACGAUCAGACUUCAUAUUUUUAAAUGAAGUGGGUGAAGGAUCAUUUUCUACGGUAUAUCAUGUCAAGGAAAAAAGUACAGGAAGAGAAUUGGCAGCGAAAGUGUGCUUCAAAAAGCAAAUAAUUCGUGAAAAGAAAAUCGAUUAUAUUUUUCGGGAGAAGGAAGCCUUGAUACGAUUAACGAAUAAUGGUGAAAAGCAUCCAUUUCUGGCGCAAAUUAUGUGUACAUUUCAAGAUACUGAAAAUCUUUAUAUUGUGAUGACAUUGGCUAAAAAAGGUGAUUUGUUGAAAUUAAUGCGGAAAUCAGGCGGAAAAUUUAAUUUGAACUUAACACGAUUUUAUACCAGUGAAAUUGUCGUAGCACUGGAGCAUAUGCAUUCACUGAAAAUAAUUCAUCGCGAUUUGAAACCGGAAAAUAUUCUAAUCUCAGAGACAGGUCAUAUUCUUGUUUCUGAUUUUGGUUCUGCGAAGAUUCUUGAUCGUGUAAAACCAAAUAAACAAGCUGUUAGACCAGAAACUCUGAAGCGACGAAGUUCUUUUGUUGGUACAGCACAAUUCGUUAGUCCGGAAGUGCUAAAGGGUGAACCAGUACAACAGGCUUGUGAUUAUUGGGCUUUGGGCGCUAUCAUAUAUCAGCUGCUUACUGGUAAGCAUGCAUUCCAUGAUAUAUGUGAAUAUCUCAUUUAUCGACGAAUUAUGGACGGUGUUUAUAAAAUUCCGGACGAUUUUCCAGAAGUUGCAGCAAGUAUUGUGAGGAAAUUACUGGUUGUAAAAGUGGAGGAUCGUUUGGGCUCCAUCGAGUCUGGUGGAGCUGGAGCUGUGAAGAAAGAAUCGUUCUUCGAUGGUAUACAAUGGGAGUCAAUUACAAAAACAGAAGUACCGCAACUGCCAUUUGGUUCUGAAGAAUAUUAA